AUGGGGGCGGCGGAGUCUGUGCCGGUGUUGGGGGGGCACGAAGAGCUUCUGGAUCGCUUUGUGGGCCCCACAUCCAUCCCCGCGAACGACUUGUUCUGGGAGAAGCUGCUGUCGUUCGCGUACCCGUUGCCAAAGAUGAAACCCGCAGACUUUGACGAGGCGACGAGAGAAGCGUGCACCACGCUAGCGCUGAACAACCGGCAGACGUACCAUUUCGGCAAGCUGCUGCUGCACAUGAUGCGCAGCCUGCAGCAGGUGCCCGCCAGCCCCGCGGAGAUGCCUCUGACGGCCAUCAACACGGUUUACUUCACGCGCCUCUUCGUGAAGCACCUGGUGGAGUACUACGACAGCCGCGAGAUCUGGGAGCAUCUUGUCAUCCACCUCUCGCCCGAGGAGGCGCGCGCGUUCGGCCGAGACGCAGGGCGGCAUGACUUGCUAGUGGAUACCGUGAGAUCCCUCCUAUCCUUCGUUGCACAUCAUGACGUAAGCGCCACCAAGUACUUGCUGCAUCUGGAGGCGGUGAACCUGCUCAUUGUGAUGAUGUCCACUCAGCUGCACUCCUCGCCUGCUGUCGCCUACCUGCUGCAUCUGGAGGCGGUGAACCUGCUCAUUGUGAUGAUGUCCACUCAGCUGCACGCCUCGCCUGCUGUCGCAUUCAACACGGACGCUCACCUCUUUGUCGAGGCUGCCAUGAACCAGGCACAAUCGACUCAAAAAUCUCAAAUCUCCCCCAUACCGACCCACCCCCACCAGCACGACCUGGCAGUGCCGUUUGUUUCGCGGCUGCUGCACAUGUUUGUAGCACGCAUGCCCGUCCCUCCCCGCGUGCCCUUCUACGUCGCUUCUCUCUCCACACGCCAAGGCGUCCUGCGCCGCGUGGGCUCUGCUGCAGUCGCCGUCUUCCUCCUCCCCUACUACACCUACUCCUUCCUCGUCAGCUCCUCCUCCUCCUCUUCCUCCUCCUCUGCUGUGGCAAAGAGCCCGCUAGCAGACAACGCGUUGCUGCUGCUGCUCGCGCUGACUCACUACGGUCCGUCUGUGGGGAGCAGAGAGGCGUGGGAGGAGAUGCAGAGGGAGGAGGCGGAGAAGCUGGGGCGGGCGGGGGUUACGGAGGGGGGGUUGAGGCAGGAGCAAGGGCAGGGGCAAGGGGAAGGCGGUGGGCAGGGGCAGGUGGGGAAUGGGGGGGGUGUGGGGGCAGAUGCUGUGCAGGUUCAGGUGCAAGGGUUAGCGGGAGAUGCUAAGGCACUGGAGCAACGGUUGCAGGAUGGGUUGAACCUGCAAGAGGCACGGAUGGAUGGGAAGGACGGGCAAGGGAUGACGCAAGGGCAGCAGCAGGAUCAGGAUCAGCAGCAGAGCCAGCAACAAGAGCAGCAGCAGCAGCAAGUGAGGAAAGCGCGGUGGAAUCCUUACAAGUGGGCGAUCAACAGCGCGCGAGAUGUAGACUUGGAGCCCAUUUUGAGUGCAGCAGAAACAGAGACGUCAGCAGCAGUUUAUGGCACACUCACCCCUGCCAUUGCCUCCGCUCCCUCUCCCAGAGCCACAGCCACAGCCACAGCCACAGGUGCAGGUUCAGGUGCGGGUGUGGGCAAUGGCAGUAGCAGUGGCACAGGGUCGUUUACAGGGUCUGGCAGGAGCGGUGUGAUGGCUGCUGCUAGUGGUACUGGUCGAGCAGACUCCUAUGGCACAGAUGACGCAGUUCUUGCACAGGAGCAGCAGCAGCAGCAGCAGCAGCAGCCCUUGUUGGCGCAGGGGCAAGCACAAGUGCAGGGAGAACAAGCAGGGCAGGAAGGACAGCAGCAGCAGCAGCAGCAGCAGCAGCAGCAGCAGCAGCAGCAGCAGCAGCAGCAGGAGCAGGGGGGAGGGGAGGUGCAGGGGCUGGUGGGCGCGGGCAGUGAGGAUGCGGUUCGGAUUGCCUUCGCCUCGCUGCAUGAUGCGCUGGGAUUGUGUUUGACUGACGACCGCGCCACUCUGCUGCUCUACUCGCUCAUUCAUGGCAACUCAGCCUUCCUGGACUACUGCCUUGUUCGCUCAGAUCUUGACACCCUGAUCAUGCCGCUACUGGAGAUGCUCUACAACGCCCCGCGGCGCACGUCCAACCAGAUGUACAUGCUGCUCAUCAUCCUCCUCAUCCUCUCGCAAGACGCCUCUUUCAACGCCAAUGUCCAUAAGCUCAUCCUGUCCUCUGUGCCGUGGUACCAGGAGCGCCUGCUCUCCCGCAUCUCCCUGGGCUCGCUCAUGGUCAUCAUCCUUAUCCGCACCGUCAAAUACAACCUCUCCAAGCUCAGAGACAUCUACCUACACACCAACUGCCUGGCCACGCUCGCCAACAUGGCACCCCACGCGCACCACCUCAACGCCUACGCCUCGCAGCGCCUCAUCAGCCUCUUCCACAUGCUCGCUCGCAAGUACACGAAACUGUCGACAGCAGCAGCACACCCCAUGCCCAGCAAGGCAGACUCGCAGGGCAACGCGCAGGGACAGCAAUCAGCGGAUCAGGAUGGGGAUGGUGCUGGUGACGGGCAGCCCACGGAGCUGCACAUUUACACGGACUUUCUCCGCAUAGUCCUCGAAAUCAUCAACGCCAUUCUCACCUAUGCCCUUCCACGGAACCCCGAGGUGGUAUACGCGCUGCUGCAUCGCCAGGAGCUAUUUGUGCCCUUCCGCAACCACCCCCGCUUCUGCGAGCUGCUGCAAAACAUUUUCACGGUGAUUGAUUUCUUCAACGUGCGCAUGGACGACCAUGAUGUGGACGGCGACUGGUCCGUGGAGCGAGUGUUAGACGUGGUCAUUGCCAAUGCACGCACGUGGCGGGGCGAGGGCAUGCAGAUGUUCACGGAGCUCAAGUUCACGUACGAGGAGGAGAUGCAUCCAGAGGAGUUCUUUGUGCCGUACGUGUGGACGCUCGUGGUGGCGCAUAGUGGCAUCCCCUGGAACCCCGACUGCAUUGCCAUGUUCCCCGUCCGCUCCUCCUCUUCCGCCGAGCAUUUGGAGGAUAUUUUUGACGCCGAUGCUUUUGAUACGCACUCUGAAAUGGGGCCCACGCCAAGAGAGGAGGUUUGA